CUUCCGGAAAGCGGUUGUACCCAUGAGAUUCAGACGAGAAGGCCCAAUGACAUUUAUAAUCCGCGUAUUGUUUCGUGUUUGUUGAUUGUAUUGUGUAACUUUUUAAACCAGGAGUUUCGAUAAGAAAGACUGUUCUUGUUUAGAGGUUUAAAGACAAGAUGGAGAUUCAUAUAUAUAUGUUCACAAUCCUGUAUGUCGCGAUGAUCGUCCUUGGCCUUUCUACUAACGUUUACCUGGCAAAGGUCAUUUGGAAGUCUGGCACUGUGUGGAAAAAGAUGAGAAACAAGAUCCUCAUGUCCCUCUGCGUCCUUCACCUACUGCAGACAACUGUGUCCAUCCCUCUACGGAUUGUAAACUACCUACUUCCUGUCUUCGUGCAGGAACCGGAAAUGGAUUUGCUGAGCUCAAUUCACCUUCACCUUGAACGAAUACCUAGCAUGGUGGAGAGCGUGAGUCUUCUCGUCCUGAUGGUCACCUACACGUGCAACAUCUCCAACUGCCAGUGUGUUGUUGAGUACAGCUCCCUCGACCGUCGGUUUGUCGCCGGUCUUUGCGUCGCUCUGCCCUGGAUCUUCUCGCUCUACGCCGUGCCCAGCAUCAUCCGGCACUUUGAAGUCUCGGCAAACGGCUACAGCGUCAUGGAACGUAAUUCCUCCUUAACGAAACAGGACUCCGUCAUAUCGGACUCCAGUUUCACGGAGCAAUACUCCAGCUCGAUGUUCAUGGACGCCAGCUAUUGGUUGAGCCGUCUAGAACUCGUGACUCUGCUGAUCUGCGCAGCUUUGCUGUGUACCGCUGUUCAACUGAGGCGGAACGAGAUGAAGUUUCUGGAGGGGCUACAACAGCACCAUCCAUUCUACGCCUCGCUGCGGCGGGAGGUGGACAGCCCUGUGCCGUAUGCUGUUGUCGUUGCUGUCUCCGUGGCCCACGUGCUUGUGUGGGUGAUUUGCAUUCACCUGAAGUCUGACACAUUGUCGACACAAACAUCUAUAGUGAAGAUGGUCACCUACCUGCUCUCUGAUGCUCGAGUUGUUGCCCCUGUUGUAUGGCUGUUUCACAAUCACGUGAGAGACGUUGUUCCUUCAUGACCUGGAGCCUGCUGCUGUUUGCUGUCGUUACUGUCACUAGACAGUACACCACUUAUAACUUGCUGACACCUUUAUGACACCUGACAUGACACCACUUUUAGACUGCUGGUACUGCUGACAACCACAUGUAUGUACCUGUGACAGAAUUUAAAAAUUGUAAUAGUAAAAUAUUCACACAUCACAUAAGCUGCAACCAUUGUUUUAACGUUGUACUGUUCAACUGGUGUAGCGAGUCCCCUGACGAAGUGCAAUCAUUCUAGAAACUAAAAAUUAACUAUAAUAAUUGUAAAAUUAUAUAUGUAUGUAUAAAUAUUUAGUAAUGAAUAACUAACAGUCUGUUUUAGCUGUUUUCAGUCAUUUAAUUUCCAAAAAAAAAUUAAUUGAUGAAUAAAAAUUACGAUUGCUUUCUACACUUUUAAUCUAUGUGACCUAGGACGAAUCCAGACCAAAUAUUUCAGUUCUCAUAAUUAGCUUUACCGUUCUCUGGUAACUAAUAUGCCAUGUAUCUGUGUUCAGAUAAUAUUGAGUGUACUGAGAUUAUAUAAAAAUUGAUUGGAGGUCUAGAGAAGACUACAAAUAUUUUUGUAAAAAUUAGGUGAAAAUGCUGCGUAUG